CACAGGCCUGUUUCGUGCCGCCGUCACUGUCAGCACUGCUUCUUUCGUAACAUAUUCAACAUUACCUAAUCGCCCAUGUCCACAAAAGCAGAGAAGCGCUACACAGACGCUCAGCUACAAGCACGGUUGUCAAAACUUGCACCUGAUCAACAACAUUGUUUCUUCCGGUACGCGGAUCCACUGCUCAACGAGGAGUCGGACAUGUACUUGUCAGUUAUUUCCAAAUGUCGCAUGUCGUUUGCUGACGCAAUAGCCAAACUGAAACAAACUGAACCGACAGAUGAGGACGAAGUGGACGAAGAAGAAUCCACGGAAGUGGCGAAUUCAGCCACUCCUUUCGAUACGUCUACGCAAAUUGGAAAACACAUGGCACUGAUUGGAUUGGCGUUUUCGGAAAUUCUGGAGGCUCAAAAGGAACGAGCCCGAAGUGCUGACCUGAUUCAGAGAAAGAAGCAGCUCAAAUUGCUCGCUGGUGAAGAGACCGAAGAGCCAGAGGAUGGUAAGAGAGGAAAAAAGAAGAAGAGACCCAAGAAGUCGAGGAAGAAACAUGGCGAUGAGGACGAGGAAAAGUAUGUCUCAAAAUCAACCCUGGCCGAUGAACUCAAAGAAGCAGCGGAAGAAGAACAGAAAUUACUUAUGGAAAAAAUGAUGACGCACGGGAGCAAGAUGAAGGAGGAACAGGAACGACAGAAAGAGAAGACUGCAGAAAAACUGAACGAAGCGCGAAGCAAGAAACAUGGACAGGCCGAGGCUGUGGAUUAUCUGUUCGAUAAGAAACAGGAACUGGACGAGUUGCAACAACAGGACAAGUCAAGACAGGAACAAGCGGUCAAAGAAAGGCUGGAGAAACGAAAGCAGAACAGACAUCGGGAAAGAAAUCCCAGCUCAACUGACCUGGGCGAUGUGGAAGAGGCGAUAGAAGGCAGUCAGUCGGCUGAUCCAAUUCAAACGCAGGAGAAAAUCGAUGAAACUAAUGGCUCGGAAGCGAAGGAACAAAAGACGCGCAGGAAGAAACGACAAAAGCAAGCAGAAGAAACGGGAGAAAUCAUGGAUACAAAUAUAGACUGGUCCGCCUGUGCAUUUGUGGCGAAAAACACUCGAAAAAAUGCAGUUAAUCGUCUUGUACGAUACAAAGUUUCGACCGCUGGGGAAUUUUUUUUCAGCGAACAAACGACCAACAACUUCCAAACUUAG